CACGACGUUCUCUCGGGAUAUUCGCCUAGCGGUCGCCGUCGGCGCCGGCCUUGCUGCACUGUUUACGCGGCGUAUAUAUACCUAUUUAGUUCGCGAGACUAUGUUCGCUUGAGCUAAUUGAUAACGCGGUACACGCACUUGCAAGUUUACGUGGGAGCUGUUGUAAGCUGAAUUCAAGUUUCAAACCGAUCUUAAGCAGCGAAACUUAGAAAUCAAGAUGGGUUGCUUCGUGAGCAAAGAUAAGCUCACUAAAGAGGAUAUGGAUUUCCUCAAAACGCACACGUCGUACGACGAGACUACCAUCAAGGAAUGGUACAAAGGAUUCAAGCAAGAUUGUCCUAACGGAAGGCUGACCCCGGCUAAAUUUGUCGACAUGUAUAAGAUGUUUUUCCCAUCUGGUAAUGCUGUCGAGUUCUGUGAUCACGUGUUCCGGACAUUUGACAUGGACAAGAACGGAUACAUCGAUUUUAAGGAAUUCCUACAAGCGAUCCACGUGACCUCUAGUGGAACUCCUGAGGAGAAGCUGAAGUGGGCUUUCCGUAUGUACGAUGUUGAUGGCAACGGGGUCAUUGAUAUUCAGGAGAUGACGAAAAUCGUUCAAGCUAUUUACGAUAUGCUGGGAGCUUGUUCAAGUAACAGGCCCGCUGAUUCGGCUGAAGAGCGCGCUAAGAAUAUCUUCGCGAAGAUGGAUGAGAACAACGACGGUCAGCUCACCCAGGAGGAGUUCCUCAAGGGCUGUCUCCAAGAUGAGGAGCUUUCCAAAAUGCUUGCGCCUUAAGGCGCUUUUUCUUAUUCACUCAUUAUCACUCUCUCCCUUAUAUACCUCAAUAUGAACCGACGGCGUUAUUUUUUAAAUUUUACCUCUUUAAUUCAAAUAUUCGGAGAAAUCUUUGUAACUUUGAUAUUUAAUAUGAUUGAUGAAUACCCUUACAUUUUACUCAUCAGGUUAUUUUCAACUUGCCUAGUGCGAACUGCACCAUAAUAAAGACCUGAUCUCUGACAUGCACAUUUAUAAUGUCGCUAAUCGUAUUAAACUGAAAUAUAUUUAAGCCGCGUUACGUUUGAUCUGCGGCGAUUGCAUUCGAUCAACCUAAAUCUCAAUUCUAAAACCAGCACGAUCCGAUCGUGUUUAUCAAAAGCCGAUAGUAUUGUUUGCGUCAAUAUAUACACACCCAAUUUUAACGUAUACAUUUAAAUUCACACAAUGAGGAUAAUAUAUAAAACACUUAUAAAACUUUGAUUUGAUUGUCGCCGUUGGACGUCCCUCUCAAAUAAAGUAUUUUAUCCGAACCAUACACUUAAUAGGCAAACGUUCUCAAAGUAUCCACUCAUUCAAAUUUAAAUAUAUCGAUGGUUAAUUAAUGUGCUGCACAAGUAUAAACAAAAGUCAAUCUUACAUUAUUAAGGCAACAAUUAGUAUAGUGGUGGUCGAACAGAGAAGAUCAGAUUGAGAGAGACAACCGGAAAAAUCUAGCGCAUACCGAACACACGAUGCCACGCAAUCUGAUCGCUUCUGUUAAGUCGAAUUAUAUUAUGUAAGUUUUAUUAUAUGCAUAUUAAUAGGUAUUUAUCGAUCUAAUGUCGAACAUUGGUAUUACAUCUUUCAAGUCUGGUCUUAUAUCUUCUUAAUCACAUAGACAGGGAACUUCAUCGUAUCGUCUCAGUUUAAAACUGUCAUUCUAGUAUUAGCCGUCUUUGAUGGCUUAUUAUUACUUAUUUCUGACAUCGUUCGACUUGAGCUUAAACAUAUAGACUUCUAGGGAAACGUUUCAGUCGCUCUUUAAUUUUAUAAUCUUCGAUUUUACAUUCCUCUACUGUGCCUUCUAGUUCCUGGUAAAAUAAGUUUUUACUCUCUUCUCUUUUUGCUUUCUUCCGCGCGAUAUUGGCUAUGAAGGUUUUUUUUAUCAUUUCAACCAAAAACAACGACAAAUUCAUGGACGUCUCCUUCCAACUUGUAGUAAAGGAACAACAUUUCUAAUGUAUCCUAGUUCCCAUAUCUUUUUAGAUUGUAUAUUUAUUAGACGGUAGACUAAAUAAAAUUUACGAAAAAGCUGUAAUAGUUUUAUAUUUUUAAGUUUGGCAUAUCGUUUGAUGGGGUCGCGAAUUACGGUUUUGUUAUUUUAAAAUGGUUAUUAGUUUUCAGUGCAAAUAUUAAACAUUAUUGGAAUAAAAUAAGGAUAGCUAUGAUAUAUUUCCGCACAAUUUAAUAAUUAAAAUAAAUAUCGACUAAAAUACAUGUAAUAGGGAAAUAUUGAAUUAAACAGGUUUGGGUGCUAGUUAAAUAUUAGAUAAUUCGUAAUUUUGUAACAAAGAAAUAAAAUGUUAAAAAAAUUAUAGACAUUUUUAAUAUUUGAAUAUAACAUGAUUUUGAUCAGUAUUAUCCGAUAUUAAUGUACGCACUGAAAACUAAAAAGAAAAUGUUAUUCUUGUCUUAGAUUACAUUCCAUGUGUUUUAUUGCCAUAAGUGUUUUUUUUUCUUUUUUUAUAUGUUGGUUUCAUCUUUAAUUCAAAAACUUUUAUUUUACUAACUAAACUUUGUAAAUCUUAAUAUGAAAACCCAUAACGAUGCAUAAAUUUGGAAUUAAAAUUGUAUAAAAUUUAAAAUAUCUUAAAGAUUUAAAAGGUCAAUUAAUAUAUUUGGAAAUAAAUUAAAUUUCAAAUUGUAUUUUCAAAUAAAAUAUAUCCUUUUUGGAUGAUAAUAAUCACUAUAAAAUCAGCAUCGCGACCCAAACACCCGUACUUCUUUUUUUCUAUUCAUUUUAAUAAAUAUAUUAAUAAUGUAAAAAAAAAGAUUUUUACUAGAUUUCUCUAUUAAAAGCUAAUGCACAAUUCUAUUUCAAUUUAGAACACAAAUAACAUUUGUGUCUAUAUACUUAUAAUCUUGGCUCAAAUGUUUAUUCCUAAUGUGCUCGUAAGGUUAUCUAUUUUUUUAAUUAUUCAAUAUUUUGUUCCUCAGAUCUGAGUAUAUUCGAAUUGAACAUAAAUUUAGAAUGCAUCGAAAAAUCAUCCGUGCGAAUUGAAAUGAUAACUUGAAGUAGUUAAAUACUUCAUUUCAUUGCUUGCAGUUCUGAUUCUGAUAUUGACUUUCGAACUUGUGUCAUUUAUUAUUCUAUUUUCCAACUAUGGAUGCUUUUAUUUGUUUAUUUUUUUUAAUUUUUUUGUAAUUUUGUAUAUGAGUCUUGUUACUUAAAUAAAUAAAUUCUUAUUAUUAUUAUUAUUCGAAGUUCAACCUAGUUAAAAAUGUUGGCUGCCUGAACUUUGUGAAAUACAUUUACUAUACUCUUAGCUCUGAGCACUUAGCAGUACAUUAUUUGAAAAUUAAAUUAAAUUAAAUUAUGAUAUGAUCAUACAUAAAGAGAAAGUGAGUUAAUAUUUUAUGUUUUUCGUUGUUAUUUUUUUAUUAAUUUAUUUAAUACAUUAGCUU